CUUUGUUCGACGCGUCGAGGUCGCGCGUCACUCGCGUCGUCCUCAGCACACAUCUUCACGACCGCGACGACGGCGCGUAAAAUUCAGCAGCGAGCAGGAGCUUAAAAGCACCAUCCGGAACGACGACCACGACUUCAACACGCAGCACGUCCGCCAUGGCCUUCCAGCAAUCUUCCUCCUACCGCGCGUCUAUGGCGUCGUCCGCUUUCCCUGCCUCGACGUCGACCCCAUUUAACCCCUCUACCUCUUCCUCUGCCUUUGCUUCCCCCGCGACCCCCAUCCGUCCGCUACCCUCAACCAUACUGUCAUCCAAACAUGCACCACCGCUGCCGCCCGCGUCGCAAACCUACGAGCCCCUCGUCAAGGGCGUUCUAGCAAGCCGACUGGCGCGAUGGGUCUUCCCGUGGGCACUCGCCGCAUGCAUUGCGAUAGGCGGGGCGUGGACAUGGGGAGCAGGAGUCGGCGAAGACUUCGCGGAGUUCGUACGAUCGGCGGUGGGAAGGGGCUUUGUGCUGUGGAUGCUGGUCGCGGUGCCGGCAAUCGUGGUCAGGAAGGCGGGGCUGACGGUGUCUCGCACACCUGCUUCUUCCCCCGCCCAGCUCCUGCGCGCCACAAUGGCAAGGCCAGGCUCGCCACGGACGCUCCUCUCCCUUCUUGGCUCGGCAGUUCUCUUUGGCGCCUUCUUUGCGAUAGUCGAUUCCAAGAGCCGGUUCACGGUGUUCGUCAACUCGAGAAAGCACCCGCACUACCUCAACCCGCGCCUUCUCUUCCUCCUCUCCACUCAACUGGCAACGGCCGCGCUCUUCUUCCUCCGCGUUGUGCUCAGGGAUCGGAUGGUCUUCCCAUGGACCGCGCCGCAGCUUAACCCCACCUCCCUCACCAUCGUGCCCGCGCUAUCCUCUGUCGCUGCCCUCCCCCUGGCCGGUCUCACCCUCCUCGUCGGGCGGAUCACGCUCGGACUGCUGUACUGGCUUCCCGUCCUGCCGAUCUUUCUCAAGCCGUUCACGGGGCACUUCGUGCGGGGUGGACUGCUGGGCGGCGUGUUUGGGGUGUUCAAUGUGUUUGGCUCUCGCGUCCUCGGCGUCAUCGGGCAGGCCUUCAUCGCGGGCUUCCUGACGACCCUCGUGUGGGACGUGGCGUGCUAUUUGUUCGAUAGCUGUGUGGCGAUGCCCAUACAAACCACCACCGACCCUGCGGUGCUCGUAUCGGCUGUCUCGAAGCCGUCGUCGGAGCUCUUUCAGGCGCUCGCGUGGAGAGAACUGGAGGCCAGGGCGGGCGAGGAGGAUGGGAAGGGUGAGGCCUUCGCUCGCGCCCUCCUCGCUGACACGGCGCUGUGGCCACAUGUCGUGAGACCAGGGCUCUUGCUGCUAGGCGAGGACUACCAAAAGCUCGUCCGGCGUGGCGGGCCGGCGCCGGCUCCUGCACCAUCAUCUGCUACUGAAGAGUCGGCCUCGCAAUCAACUUUCGGACAAUCGACCUUCAGUUCGUCCACGCCCAGUUUUGGCGCCUCCCAGUCGACAUUCGGACAGUCAACCCUCGGUGCCGCAUCUUCCACGCCCUCCGCGUCCACGCCCGUCAAGCCUACCCCGCUCCUCCGCGCGUCGAUCUUCAAGCAGGCCCCGCCGUCGCCCGCGCGGGUCGUCGCGGAUGCCUUAGCUGCGGAUGGUGUGGUGGGCCGCGUGCCGGACGUGUUCAACGGGGCGGUCGAGGGUGUGGAAAAGGCCCUGCACCCCGUCGAGGCGGCGUUCUCGCCCCUCGGCAAAACACUCGCUGGCCCUCUUAGCAAGUCAAUCGCCGGCCCCCUCGAGCGCGCCGUCUCGCCCGUGAAAGAUGCCCUCCACGAAGCCGUCGUUGAGCCUGUGCGCGAGACGCGGGGCGCGGUGGCGGAGAUCGUGGCGAAGAUUCAUGAUCUGGUGCUCCCGGCGCCCGUGCGGGAGGCGUAUGGGAGCCUGCACGCGUGGUGGACGCGGGAGCGGGCAGGCCGGGCAGCGGCGGGCGCGCUGCCGCGGCGGGAGACGGACGCGGUGGUCGUGGGAGCCCUCGCGCACAUCAUCGCGCACUCGCUCACCGCGGAUCGCUUCGGCGCCGUGCAGCGCGACAUCCCGCGCGUCAUGGAGGCGAUGGUGCGCUUCCUCGGCGAGGUCGAGGGCUGGGUGGGCGAGAUGGAGGCGAGGAGGGUGGCCGUGGCGGAGGAGCUCGAGCGCGCGCGCAUCGUCCGGGAUCUGGAGGGGAAGGGAAGGGUAGAGAAGGGCGAGGAUGAAGGGCGUGGGGAGGAUGAAGGCGAGGACGCGCGUGCCGCGGAAUCCGAAAGGGCGCCGCCCAAGGAGAACGUAGAGGCCCUCGAGCACCAACUCGCGCUCAUCGAGGACGACCUCCGGCAUGCGCACGAGGCGUUUGGUGGCGUUGCGGAGGCCUUGAAGACCGCCCUCGCGCGCAUCGUGCGCACCUUCGGGGCGAAGCUCUCCGCGUUCAGGUUCCCGCCCGUGGUGGCGGCGAAGAUACAGGGGUGGAUAGAUGUGGUUGGGGUCUGAGAUGGGUUCACGACACUUCGUGAUCCAAGCGCAACCUUGUUAUCUCGGACGCCUAUUGACGUACGGUCCAAUGAAAGAGCACGUUCGCCCAGCGCGUACAAUUCGCUAAUUGCUAUCAAUAUGCGUGGGA